AUGCUCUAUCAAUUGAGAGAGUUCACACCUGAGCUUCAGACUCGAGCGCGCAUCCUUGAUUUCCGGUUCCUUUGGCAGAGCUUUGCGCCUCCUGCUCGUCAAACCACAGCUCUGGUGCCUCGUAACCCCAAACAGCUCCAGCUUAUCCGCCACGCCUCCACCACUCAAUCUGUCGAUGCCACUCAGCCCGAUGCCGUGCUUCCGCCGACAACCCCCUACACCCAGCUUACUGUUGGUGUACCUAGGGAGACGUAUCCCAAUGAGCGACGAGUCGCCUUGAACCCGGCCAACGUUGCGCUUCUACUCAAGAAGGGCUUCGCGAAGGUAUUAGUCGAACGAGGCGCCGGUGCCCAGGCUGACUUCCCCGAUGAAGCUUUCGCUGCCGCGGGAGCUACUCUUGUUGAUGCUGCCGGUGUCUGGAAAGAUUCCGAUAUUGUCCUAAAGGUUCGAGGGCCGAGCGUUGCCGAGGCCGACUCCGUCAAGGCGAAUCAAACGAUCAUCUCCUUCCUCCAACCUGCUCAGAAUAAAGAUCUCGUCGAGAAGCUUGCUUCCCGGAAUGCUACUGUCUUCGCUAUGGAUAUGGUCCCUCGUAUUUCCCGUGCUCAGGUAUUCGAUGCCCUUAGCUCAAUGGCCAACAUUGCUGGUUACAAGGCGGUUCUCGAGGCUUCGAACAACUUUGGUCGCUUCCUCACUGGUCAGGUUACUGCUGCUGGAAAGAUUCCUCCUUGCAAGGUCUUGGUUAUCGGUGCUGGUGUUGCUGGUCUGAGUGCCAUUGCCACCGCCAGAAGACUUGGUGCCAUCGUGCGAGGCUUCGAUACUCGCCCUGCUGCGCGUGAACAGGUUCAAUCUCUAGGUGCUGAAUUCAUCGAGGUCGAUAUCGAGGAAGAUGGUUCCGGUGCUGGUGGUUACGCCAAGGAAAUGUCAAAAGAAUUCAUCGAGGCUGAAAUGAAGCUGUUCAGGGAGCAGGCUGCCGACGUCGAUAUUGUCAUCACCACCGCGCUUAUUCCCGGAAAGCCUGCGCCGAAGCUUAUCACGAAGGAUAUCGUCGAGGUCAUGAAGCCGGGAUCCGUCAUUGUCGAUCUUGCUGCUGAGGCUGGUGGUAACUGCGAGGUUACUCAGCCUGGACAGGUCAUCACCCACAAGGACGUCAAGGUUAUCGGAUACACGGAUUUCCCCUCGAGGCUGCCCACGCAAUCGUCGACCCUCUAUUCUAACAACAUCACAAAGCUCCUUUUGUCCAUGGCCCCCAAGGAGAAGGAGUUUGGCAUUGAUCUUACCGAUGAGGUCGUCCGAGGCUCCAUUGUCACUCUGAACGGAAACAUUCUCCCUCCUGCACCCCGUCCGGCCCCGCCUCCCGCCCCCGCCGCUGCUCCCAAGGAGAAGGAAGCCGAGGUGGUUGCCUUGACUCCUUUCCAGAAGACCUCCCGCGAAGUUGCCGCCCUCACCGGUGGUAUGGGUUCGAUUUUGGCUCUGGGCAAGUUCACGAGUCCUCUGCUCAUGGGAAAUGCCUUCACCUUCGCCUUGGCUUCACUUAUUGGUUACCGUGUGGUUUGGGGAGUUACUCCUGCCCUUCACUCUCCUUUGAUGAGCGUGACUAACGCCAUUUCUGGAAUGGUUGGUAUUGGUGGUUUCUUCAUCCUUGGUGGAGGAUAUUUCCCCGAGACGAUCCCCCAGGCUUUCGGUGCCCUCUCUGUCCUCCUCGCAUUUGGAAACAUUGGUGGUGGCUUUGUAAUCACCAAGAGGAUGUUGGACAUGUUCAAGCGACCAACUGACCCGCCCGAGUACCCUUGGCUAUAUGCCAUUCCUGCGGCCGUCUUUGGUGGUGGCUUCAUCGCUGCGGCAUCUACUGGUGCUGCGGGUCUCGUACAGGCUGGAUACCUGGUCAGCUCCGUUCUUUGCAUUGGUUCCCUUUCCGGCCUUGCUAGCCAAGCUACCGCUCGAAUGGGCAACAUGCUCGGAAUGCUCGGCGUUGGAUCUGGCGUCCUGGCGUCGCUUCUUGCCGUUGGAUUCUCUCCUGAGGUCCUGACCCAGUGGGGUGUGCUUGCGACUCUCGGUACUCUCGCGGGUAUUCUCAUUGGAAAGCGGAUCACCCCCACCGAUCUCCCUCAGACUGUUGCUGCGCUUCACUCCGUGGUAGGUCUGGCUGCUGUGUUGACGAGUAUCGGUAGCGUUAUGGCAGACGUGACCCAUAUCUCGACCCUUCACCUCGUCUCCGCCUAUCUCGGUGUCCUGAUUGGUGGUAUCACCUUUACCGGCUCUUUGGUUGCUUUCUUCAAGCUCGCUGGACGGAUGUCAUCCCGACCACUCACGUUCCCUGGAAGGCAUCUCAUCAACUCCGGCAUGCUGACGGCCAACUUGGCCACCAUGGCCGCAUUCGUCACCAUGGCUCCCGGCUCGCCCCUCAUUGCGGCAGGAGCUCUGGCUGCCAACACAGUUCUGUCAUUCCUUAAGGGAUUCACAACAACUGCCGCCAUAGGCGGUGCUGAUAUGCGGUCAGGCGAGUUCAAGGUUGAAGGCACGGCAGUGCAGACGAAUGUCGAAGACACGGCCGAGGCAUUACUUAAUGCAGAAAAUGUGAUUAUCGUGGUCGGAUACGGUAUGGCUGUUGCCAAAGCCCAGUACGCCAUCAGCGACAUCACCCGGAUGCUUCGGUCGAAGGGCAUCAAUGUCCGCUUUGCUAUCCAUCCUGUCGCCGGUAGGAUGCCCGGCCAGUGCAACGUCCUGCUGGCCGAGGCGAGUGUCCCCUAUGACAUCGUGCUGGAGAUGGACGAGAUCAACGACGAUUUCGGCGACACGGAUGUCACCUUGGUCAUUGGUGCCAACGAUACCGUCAACCCCAUUGCCUUGGAGCCUGGUAGCCCGAUUGCCGGAAUGCCUGUGCUGCACGCUUGGAAGAGCAAGCAGGUGAUUGUCAUGAAGCGAAGUCUGGCGAGCGGAUAUGCGGAUGUCCCGAACCCGAUGUUCUAUAUGCCCGGAACUAGAAUGCUGUUUGGCGAUGCUAGAGUCUCUUGUGACGCGAUCAAAUCGGCUGUGGAAUCUAGAAUAUAA